UGAUCACUUACUUCAUUUGUAAUGUACACAGCUAUCAUUCUUGGUGAAGCUGACAAGCUAUCAACAGAUGCUUUGCUAUAUACCAAAUGGAUGUUAGAGAGAUAUACAGGUUGUUAUAUGGUCUUCUUUUGCUGCAGUGAUAUCACAAAGCUCCAGCCAAUUAAGUCUAUUUGUAAGGUUGUUCAUCUCCAAAAACCUUCAGAUGACGAGAUUGCAGAUGUCUUGGAAUUCAUAGCAAAACAGGAAGGAAUCGAACUACCACAUAAACUGGCAGCACAGAUUGCUAGUAACUCCAAAAGUAACCUACGUCAAGCAAUUCGCUCUUUUGAAGCUACCUGGCACUUCAACACUUGCUUGACUGAGAAUCAAGAAAUCAAGACAGGGUGGGAAGAUGACAUUGCAAAGAUUGCUAAAAACAUAAUUGAGGAGCAAAGCUCAGAGCAGUGAGUAUAACUUCACAUCAUCAAAAAGUUACUCUCUCGGUUCCAUUUAUAUGACACACAUUCCCUUUUAGUCUGUUUAAAAAAGGAUAACACCUUUCUAUAUUUGGAAACUCUUUAACUUUAAACUUUCCAUGUUACGCUUAAUGACAUGCUUUUAUAGCCAUAGAAAGAUCAUAACAUUCUUAAGACCACAAGUUCUAAGGGUGCUUUUGGUAUGUGUCAAAAUUAUUUUUUUUACUUAAAUUUUGUGUCCAGUCAAACAUUGUCCUAUAACAUGAAAUGGAUGGACUAGAAGACAUUUCUAUGACUAUGAGGACAUUGUUCACUUCACACUAAGGCUCUUCGACAUCCCAAUUAAGAGUUCCCGGCACUCAUAAUACUAAAAUCAAGAGUUCAUUUCUCUCAGGCUAUACGAUAUCCGUGGGAAACUGCAGAAUUUGAUAGAGCACAACGUGUCUGCUGAGUUCAUCUUUAAGGUAAGAGGUUCUUAGUCCUUAUAACUAUUGCUGGAAAAUAAUUGAAGCUUUUCACUAACUCUUAUUUCUCAUUUUUUACUUCGCUUCGUAUAUGGAAGACUUUGGUAGAAGAACUAAAGAGUAAUUUGGAUGACCAAUUCCACAAGGAAAUUGACACUCUGAAAAUGAAGUACAAUGUAAUGAAUUUUACACAUUUCACUAUUAUAUAGUCAUUCUAUGUUCACCAAUACAUUAAUACAGAAGCAAAUAACUAAACUUCUCUUUCUCUUUUUUUCUCAUUCAGAUAAAUUCAAAGGAUCUGGAACAGGGAAAAAGUGAUAAUGAUGCAGUGAAAAAGAUUGUUCACCAAUUUAUGAAGGUUGAAGGUAUUUGAUGGAAACUGUACUCAUCAUUUUUCCUUAAAAAAAAAAAAGACAAUUCUCUUAAUCUUGCACCAAAUCUUUCAUUAAAGCAUUUGUCGCUCCUAUAAUACUCAUCUACUAUAGUCACCAUAUUUUAAUCUUAUGUGUUAAUUUUUUAUUUAUCUUGUCAUUCUCCUGGAAGAUUGAGUCUUAGAUAUCUUAAUUAUUUGUAUUUAAGUACCGUAAUCUCGUCUAAUCUUACUAUAUCUUGUACCAAUUCAUUUCUUCUCAAGCACCUACCAAAAGACAUUCUUAGUACUCUAUCUUAAUGUCAACACAUAUCAUGUGGAGAUCCUUCUUCAUUUCCCUAUAAUUUCAAUCAAUUUUCUUAGCAAAAAUAUAGUCGUUUGAGGUAGAACUACCUAGCAUGAACCCAAAUUGCCUCUUUUUACCAUCGUAAUGUACCUAAAUCUAUGCUCUAUCACUAUUUUCCAAAGUUCCAUCACAUGAUUUAGUACUCAUAAGUUCAAAAACUAAGAUAGUCCAACAACUUAAUAUGGAGUUGUCGAAUUGAACGCAUUUACUGGGACACACAUAAAAUUAGAGGAUCACAUAUAUAUAUUCACCUAUGGUUAUACUUUCUUGACACUUUGAAUCCCUUUUAUUUUACAUGCUAUACUUGUUUAACCUUGAGGCCAUAUAUAUGGCACUGCAGUGGUAAUUCAGAAAUCAAGUUCAUACCACGUUUCUGAUUUAUGCCACAAAAGUCCAAAUGGAAAAAGAGUUGAGUAUCAAUGUUUCUAAAAGAUUUGACUCUCUUUUUUUUUUUACUUUCUUUUUCCCUCUUUUUCACUGCAGAGUUCAUAGCUAAAUUCAUGAGCUGGUAUAAGACUUCUGUUCUGAAGAAAGGAAAUCACAACCCCUCACAAGCCCAUCCCUCCAAGGGAAAUAAUUAGUUUGGAAAAAAUUCCAUUUGAGUGAUAAAGAAUUUCCCAAUCACUUUCUAUGACAAACUUGGUUAAUAACUCCUCGGUAUUUCAGUUGUAAAAUAAAGUGGCAAUCACACUGAAGUCUGAAGCAGACAUUUUAUGUUCUUAAGAUAUAAAACUACGUAAGAUAAAUAAAAAAGGCACUCAAUAAGUGUAUGUUUUCAUUGUUCUGGAAGGGCAGUUCUAUGAGUUAUUCUCCAUCCAUUCUAAUAUUAUUUGACACUAUUUUCUCAUUACAGAAAAAGAAUGUCACCU